CCCAGGCUGAGAGUAGCUGCCGUUUCCCAGCGGACGAUUCGUAAGGAGGCCCCCCGUGCGGUAUCCCUUUGUCCUUCCUUCUGCGGGCCCUGGCCUCCUCCCGCCGUGUCUGGAGCGUGGUCCGUUCUCGCCUACCUGCCUGGUUCCGCUUAGGUACCUGUGGUUGGCCCGACACUUGGCUGUCGAAAGUGCCGGCCCCCGCGCCGGCGUCCGCUGCAGCCGGGUGGGAAGGCUCAAGAUGGCGUGCCUGUUGGAGACCCCAAUCCGCAUGAGCGUCCUCUCGGAAGUAACAGCUAGCAGUCGCCACUAUGUUGACAGGCUAUUUGACCCUGAUCCCCAGAAAGUUCUACAAGGUGUCAUAGACAUGAAAAAUGCUGUAAUUGGAAACAACAAGCAGAAAGCCAACCUCAUUGUUUUAGGAGCUGUCCCAAGAUUGUUGUACUUGCUUCAGCAAGAAACCUCAAGUACAGAGCUGAAAACUGAAUGUGCAGUGGUAUUGGGAAGUCUUGCUAUGGGUACUGAAAACAAUGUCAAGUCUCUAUUAGAUUGCCAUAUCAUCCCUGCCUUACUGCAAGGACUGUUAUCUCUAGACCUGAAGUUCAUUGAAGCUUGCCUUCGAUGUCUGCGCACCAUCUUCACCAGUCCCGUCACUCCAGAGGAGUUAUUGUAUACAGAUGCUACGGUGAUACCACACCUCAUGGCGCUGCUUAGCAAGUCCCGUUACACCCAGGAGUACAUCUGUCAGAUCUUCUCACACUGCUGUAAAGGUCCAGAUCAUCAAACAAUUUUAUUUAACCAUGGUGCAGUUCAGAAUAUUGCUCACCUACUAACCUCAGUAUCUUACAAAGUUCGAAUGCAAGCACUGAAAUGCUUCUCAGUUUUAGCUUUUGAAAACCCCCAGGUAUCGAUGACCCUGGUAAAUGUUUUGGUUGAUGGAGAAUUGUUACCACAAAUUUUUGUGAAGAUGCUACAGAGGGAUAAGCCUAUUGAGAUGCAACUCACAUCAGCAAAAUGUUUAACUUACAUGUGUAGAGCUGGAGCAAUUCGGACAGACGACAACUGUAUUGUAUUGAAGACGUUGCCAUGUUUGGUUCGCAUGUGCAGUAAGGAGAGAUUACUGGAGGAGAGAGUUGAAGGAGCUGAGACACUCGCCUAUCUGAUUGAACCAGAUGUCGAGCUACAGAGAAUUGCCAGCAUUACUGAUCACCUCAUUGCCAUGCUUGCUGACUAUUUCAAGUAUCCCAGCUCUGUGAGUGCCAUCACUGACAUUAAAAGGCUUGAUCAUGACUUAAAACAUGCUCACGAACUCCGCCAGGCUGCAUUCAAGCUCUAUGCCUCUCUUGGAGCAAAUGAUGAAGACAUCCGGAAGAAGAUCAUUGAGACUGAAAAUAUGAUGGACCGAAUUGUGACUGGCUUGUCUGAGUCUAGUGUCAAGGUGCGGUUAGCUGCUGUCAGAUGUUUGCACAGUUUAUCUAGAUCUGUGCAGCAGCUUCGAACCAGCUUCCAGGAUCACGCCGUGUGGAAACCUUUAAUGAAGGUUUUGCAAAAUGCACCAGAUGAAAUCUUAGUAGUAGCAUCUUCCAUGCUAUGUAACCUUCUUCUUGAAUUUUCUCCAAGCAAAGAGCCAAUUUUAGAAUCAGGAGCUGUAGAGCUACUUUGUGGAUUAACACAAAGUGAAAACCCCGCUUUACGAGUGAAUGGAAUUUGGGCUCUUAUGAACAUGGCAUUUCAGGCUGAACAAAAAAUAAAAGCAGAUAUUUUACGAAGCUUGAGUACCGAACAGCUAUUCCGGUUAUUAUCAGAUUCAGAUUUGAAUGUGCUGAUGAAAACAUUGGGACUUCUUAGAAACCUCCUCUCCACUCGGCCUCAUAUAGAUAAAAUCAUGAGCACUCAUGGAAAGCAGAUUAUGCAGGCCGUCACUCUUAUUCUGGAAGGGGAGCAUAACAUUGAAGUCAAAGAGCAGACACUGUGCAUCCUAGCCAACAUCGCAGAUGGCACAACGGCAAAAGAACUCAUAAUGACCAAUGAUGACAUCCUGCAGAAAAUCAAGUAUUACAUGGGUCAUUCACAUGUCAAGCUGCAGCUUGCCGCUAUGUUUUGUAUAUCAAACCUCAUAUGGAAUGAAGAGGAAGGGCCAAGACGGCGCUGCAGCAGUAUCUGGCGUGACGGGAGCAUCCGGGGCACCCGCGAGCAUCCCACAUCCUUGGUAAAGGAAGUACAGGAACUAGCCUCAUUUGAUUCCUUCUAUUUGCACACGUCACCUUGGACUGCAGGGAGCUGUUUUGCAAAAGCAAUUUGGUAGGCUUAGAUCUCAAAUUCAUCUUGAGAACAUAUUUUUGAGGUAGUAAUUUCCUCAGAGGACUGUCGUGUUUUGUUUUGGGGGGUUUUUCUGAGCUACCUGGACUCUUUAUUAGAACAAUCAAUCAUUUUCCUUUGGACCUACAAUUUUUUGCCUAUGCUGCAGCCACUUUGUGAGUGAGAAUGAGUGUGUCUGUGCAUACACAGAUGUAUGUGUACGUGUGUGUGUGCACGUGGGUCAGGAUGAAUGGAUGUGUGUGUGGGGGGGGAUACCUCAAAAUUUUCUUUUCUUAUUUUGUGUGAAAAUCUCUUUUCUACAGAUUUUCCAGGGUUUAAGCAUUGCUUGCUGUAUAAAAUAACUUUACUGAAUUAUAUACAGUUUGAAUGAAAUGUUAUUUUAAAAACAAAACAAUUGUUAAGUGUUCCAUAAAGGUUAUGUUGAAUUUUGAUCAGAUGAAUAUUUGUAAGUAAAAAAUAUAUGCAUUUCUGAACCUCAACUUACAUAGAUUUUCUUUAUAAAAGAACAAAGAAAAAAAAAAGAAAAAGAAAAGGUUGGCUAUAGUUGGCCUGAAUAACAGGCACGAUAUAUGGUGCUGUGCAAAAUAGUAAGCUAGCAUCUUACUGCCGUCAAUAUCAGCCUAAUUCAAUAAGCUCUCAGACUUCCAGGUCGGAUGGACAGGGUGAAGGAGAGUGAGGGGACAGAGUCACCAUAGGUUUUUUGAAACAUCAAAGGGAAACAUAACUACUGAUAGUGGAAGCCCAGCCAUAACUCUGGGCUGCCCUUGGCAGGAACUGGGCACAGAGCGCCUCCCAGCCGCUCUCAACCCUGCCGUUGGUGCAGCAGUAUCUGGCAGGAUUUGAACCAGUCACAGAACCUUGUGCUCAAAACUAAAGUAGCUCCUCACUUCCUGGAAACAAAGUCUGGUCACCUUGUGCUGCCUGAAGCAGCACACAUCGCUGUGAAACUCGAGAAUGCUCUUCAGACCCAUCUGUGGAAAGAAGCAAAGAGCAGGAUAGUGUGGAAAGCUGUUUUUCUCUUAGCGACACUGCUAUUGAGUGUCCUUUUGUAAAAUGAAAUAGGAAUGUUAGUGAGAGAUGCAGCUAAGAUCUUUUCCUGCAAGAAGCCAAAAACACUGAAGUUUGAGAGAAGAAAAGGGACUCUCCCUGGGAGGACCAAAGAGGAAUCCUUUCUACAAGCGAGUGUGCUUGGUCCUUCUGCAGCCCUCAGCGUGGUGCCUGCUCCACCUGCUGGGUCAGCUUCAAAGUGAACUCAACCGAAAUUGCUCUUGACUGAAGGUAGAACCAGCCUUCCUUUCCCUUUGUUCAAAGACGGUCAAAGGCACUGUGGCCAGGAAGGGAGUCUGCGGUCAGAAGCUUGCCGUGGGCACAUGCCACACAGGGUCCCGAGCCCACCAGCCACUCCUGAUGAGGUCGCGCACAUUGCGGGCACCCGCCACCAACCUGUACCUUCCUUGGAAGAUUCAAAUAUGUUUGAUUGCAGAUGAAUGUUUUUAAAUGUAUUUAACGCAAUUUUUCCUGUUCUCAACCUGACCACACGCUAUUCAAACACAGAGAUUUCCAAGUUGUUACUUUCUCAAACAUCAUUGAUUUAAAAAUCUGUCCCAACAGGCACUUGGGUUUUGUGCAGCUGUCAGUGUGCUAAUGUGAGGACAUCCUUGCUUGGCACUUGAAACACAAAACAGUAUGGAAUUGGUAUUUAAAAGUACCAGGUAAAUACACAGAAACCAAUAGCGAAUUGCUGAGACAAUCUUGAACCCAGAUAGCAUUAGGAAGCUAACGGCCCAAUGAAAUAACACGUUCACACUUAACCUCUGUGGAUAAAUCUUGCCUGUGGCUAUAAACAGAUGAUCAAAGAAAAAGUGCUUUACUAUAAUUAACUUUUCUGAUUUCAAUGAAGGAAAUGUAUUUAUUAAAACAAAGCUGUUUGCUGCUCUACACAGGUGCAGUGUUCUGUCAGCAAGAGGUGGGAGGAAUGGGAUGUGAUCUUGUGUCUUCACCCAAGUUCUUAACUAAGCUUCUCGCUCUCUCUAAUACUGCAUUCUGUUUCUCCUUUUGUGCCCUGAUUGUAACCCAAAACUUAUGAACUAGAAAAGAAUGUCCAGUUUAAUGAGUUGCAUUUUUUUCCCUUGAGCACUUUAUGUGGAACAAUACGUGUUCUCCUGGUAGUGUUUGAAUGAUAUGAUUUUAACACAUGCUAAUAAAAGCCAAGAAAGAUCAU